UAGAAGGGCUUGGAGAAGGAGGGCACACAGACCGAGAAACGGCGAGUGCUUUUCAGGCAAAUGCAGUUCAGAGAAACACCGAUAGCAUAAAGCAGGGGGGAAGAGAGCAGCAGCGACUAUCCCCAGCCUUUGAGUGAUUUUUUUUUCCUUUUUUAUUUGUAAAGUUGCUCCUUAGUGAUUCCAACAACACCCCCACCCCCCGACACCCCUACUCUGUCUCUACUAGCGUGUCUGCUGGAGGAUGAUUCCCGCCGGCUGUCUCUUUCUCUGGGCUACCUUGCUCAUCCUGGGCUCCCCGAGCAUUCACACCGCCAGAUCCAAAAUCAACUCAAUCAAAUCUCCGGCGAGCGAGCCAGCCGCCGACCAGGUCCAUCCCCCGGUCAACCGGUCUGUCGGCUUGCAGCCCGGUAAGCUCGGGAAGAAGAACCCCAUCGCUAACCAGAACCUGGCAUGCAGCAGUGAUAAAGAGUGUGGACCCAGUGGGUAUUGUCACCAUUCGCACCAUCAAGGCCACCCAUCGUGCAUGUCUUGCAGGAGGAGGAAGAAACGAUGCCAUAGAGACUCGAUGUGCUGCCCUGGAAACUACUGCAAUAACGGUAUCUGUGUACCACUUCUCGACGGCACCAGUCGCAGAACCCUCCCUGGCGACAUACAAGAGCACACCAAGAAGGGAACCCACCAUGGAUCCAAGGGCUCGUAUUGGCAGAUUGUGGGAAACACACAGGCGAAACCGUCACGUGAGAAAGGUCAUGAAGGGGACUCGUGUUUGCGCUCGUCAGACUGCGCAGAGGGAUUCUGCUGCGCUCGCCACUUUUGGACCAAGAUCUGUAAACCAGUCCUACGCCAAGGAGAAGUAUGCACAAAGCAGAAAAGGAAGGGUUCACACGGUUUGGAGCUUUUCCAGCGCUGUGACUGUGCAAAAGGACUUGCCUGUAAAAUCUGGAAAGAGGCCAAAUCAAGGUUGCACAUCUGCCAGAAAAUCUGAGUAUGUUGGGAUUCCACUGUGGCCCUGAGACUGUGAAGUAAGGUGCUUUUGUUGGAGCACAUUGUGUAAAUAAUACAGGAUUUGUUAAAGUGCCAUUUCUCUCACAAGAGUUCAUUCACGCUUAUAGUAAAAGAACACAGAGGACCAGGUCUGAAGACCACAGCACACCCAUUCUGACCAUUAUAUGAUAGUCCAGCACAUCCAAAUUAAUUGAAGACCAUCACUAACCUUAGUGGGGAGUGUCAAGCUGUAAUCUUUGAUUUACUAUUCAAUUUAUAAAAUGUAUGAAAAAACAUAAUACUCAGGAUGUAGGCAUUGCGGAAGAGAUGGGCAGUUAUUACUCCUCCCUAGUUGCUCCUUGAGCUGAUAGUAGUUUUGAACAGCUUCAGUCAGUGGUGAAGGUGCUCUCAUUGUUGAGGCUGUUUCAGGCUUUCAGUCCAUAUAAUUAUAACACAAAGAACGUCUCUGCAAAUGUCUUUCUGUGCUUUUGGCUUGUUGGUUCUGCACUGUCAUUUUGAAUGAGUUCUUCUAGUGGCCAGUACAAGGCCAUAUACAUUGACCUUCACAAGGCCUUCCUCAGACAGAGUUGUUCAACCUUCUUCGGUAACAAUCAUAGCUCCUUUGAUCUGUACCUCAAAUUUAAUUUUUUUAGGAAACUGGAGAAGAUCAUAAGAACAUAAGAAAUAGGAGCAGGAGUCGGCCAUCCGGCCCAUCAAGCCUGCUCCACCAUUCAAUAAGAUCAUGGCUGAUCGUUUCAUGGCCUCAGCUUUGUCAACCUGCCCACUCACUAUACCCUUAAUUCCUUUACUAUUCCAAAAUCUAUUUAUCUUUGCCUUAAAAACAUUCAACAAGGUAACCUCAAGUGCUUGAGAUAACAAGGUGUAGAGCUGGAUGAAUACAGCAGGCCAAGCAGCAUCAGAGGAGCAGGAAAGCUGAUGUUUCGGGCCUAGGCCCUCUCCGCCUCAAAUGCUUCACAGGGCAGUAAAAUUCCACAAGUGAUCUUUCUCCUUAGAGUAGAAAAGGUUAAGGGAUUAUUUAAUAGAGAUUCUCAAAUUUAAGAAGCAGACGAGGUGGGGAGAAAUUAUUUCCACUAUCAACAACCAGAAGAUACAGAUGGAGGUAAUUGAUAAAAGAACAAGGGAGGAGAUGAGGAGAAAUUGUUUUACACAGUUAGUUGUUAUGAUCUGGAAUGCAUUUUCUGAAAGGAUUUUGAAAGAAGAUUCAAUAAUAACUUCAAAAGGUAACUGAAUACAUAAUUGAAAAGGAAAGUCUUGCAGGACUAUGAGGAACACAGAGCAUGAGUUGAUCUAUUAGAAUAGUUUUUUCAAAGCUUCUGUGCCAUGUAAUUCUGUUUAUACUGACCUGUUUUCCAAUUCUUACCUCUUGUUCAAUGUAAAUGAUUCAACUAACAUGGGGCACAUGUUAAAAAUCAUAUCAAGCCUUUUGAAGCACUUACGUUACCUGGAGGCAGAAUGGUUUGAAAGAGAAGUGACAAGGGAGGUUAGUAGGGUUAGUCUAUCAAAAGGCCUCAAUCAUCCUGUGCUCCUGCGGGUUCUAUUUGAUCUCAAUAUUUUCAAUUCAACAGAGCAGCAACAUAAUUUGCACUCAUGUUGAUAUCUUCAUCUUGAAACCUUAGAGAUUUUGACCUGAUAGUUUCAAAUAGGCAAAACCAUUACAAGCAGAAUAAUGCAGAACAAAAUGACAAAUGGAGGAAAUAAAAAACAUUUUUUUCUUCAGUAGUAGAACUGGGAUCCUACCAAAGAGGAAACCCAUUAAGCACCACCCCAAAUUUUCUUUUACAUUGUUGGCUAGGGUGUAAAAAUGAACUGCCAAUUUGCUGGGAGACCCAUGCAACAUUAGUAAUUUUGCCUGCAAGUUAUCUUAAUAGGUGCUUUCCACAUAAAAGUGCCAACAUAUGAUGGAAGUACAUAUCAAGAAUUUGUGCAAUUCCUAUACCAAAAUUAAUGAAUGCAAGAUCAGAGCCCAUGUGUCUGAAGUGCACAUCACUGGCAUGUGCUGGGAAUAGAAAUCUCCCUUAAUGAUGUUCACAUGAGAUCAGAUAACUAAGUUAGAUUUCACAGGUACAGCCACAUGCUCACACCUGCUAAUGUUUAAUGUAACUUCACCCCUGCAGUAGCCAGUGAAUAUGAAACUUUUUUUGAUGCAACAGGAGGAAUUGUUACAAAGUUUACAGUUAGAGGCAGUGGAUAAAAGUUUAAGAGUCGGGUUUACCAAAGAAAGAAAACACAGAUGUCAGUUGCGAUUUAUGGUCUAAAAAUACCAAUUAAGAUAGAAAUGAACACAGGAUGUGUUAUGAAAGGAGAGAAGCAGAAAAUGAAACCUCUAAGUGGCGGCUAAACCUUUUAACUGUAAAUUUGUAUAGGAUUUUAUGUACAGUAUUGUAAGCCAAAACUUGGGAUCUUCUUGAAGAAAAAAAAUCAAGCCAGUUCCUUUCUCAGCAGCGCAUCCUCAAUUCAGGCUUGCUGGCAUUGGGAAUGAAUGCAGCUUUUUUUUUGUUUAAGAGUUCCCUACAAAUAUCAAAAUAUAUUGUUAAUAGGAGGACACCCUGAGGGUUUAAAGCACAUAAAGGGUGCAAUGAAGUAUGUAUUAUUGAUGAAAAAUGCUUAUUACAAAAUAAGGUUAUUUUAGUCUUCCCUUCUUGCUCACUCCAACGCAUAACAAUAGAGAGACUGGAAGAAUGAAUAGUGAAAUAAUAUUGGAAAGCAUGUUGUAGAGAGUAAUGGGAGUGUUUACUGGAAAAUCAUCUCAUUAGAAGAGUUCACAUUGUUUAUUAAUCACUUGAAUUUUGUUCUUAUUGUUUAUCUAUCUUCAUCUGUAUCCCUUGAUGAGAUAACUUUCAUUGUAACCAUUUCAGCAGUUAGUUUUCUAAUAGCUACAGCAACGCUGUUGAUGAUGUAAUGACUAACUUUAUGAUUAAAGGACAUCAGCUGCAGCAUGUUACUGAGAAAUGGCACUGUGUAGAUGUAAUACAGAUAUCCACAGGCUAAACUGGUGCAGGCAUGGGUUUCCAAGCUGGUUUGGGACCUGGAUGUGCACAGACUAGAUUUGCACCUUCAAGAGAACCUGGAACCAUCUCUACUGCAUUCCACUGACUGUACAUUAUUUUGAGUAAAGUAUGCAAGGUAUUCCUCCCUCUCGCUCCUUUCUAAAGGAAAAUUGGCUCAUUACAAGUGAGGAAGAUUUAGGAAAUGAUAAACACUAGCUUGAUUUCACUAAUGUUACAGUGGUCAGGGAUGUAGAAUUGCAGAUGAAUAAAUUUUGCUUACACAAGCAAAGGUUUCAGAGAGGGUGAAUCAGGGGAUGAAGUACCAAGUGCAUGUUUUAAUAAAGCUUUUAGUUUUUUAAUCACUUUGCGGUCGUAAUUAAUUAUGGUUUGCUGAGCAAAGUCAAAAGAAAAUUGUUAUCCCAUUGCCCGGGUUCAUAAUUGCUUAAAAAGUAGCCAUUAUAAUCUGAGAAUAUUCUUAAAGUUUUGCACUUACUUUCUUAACCAGUCAUCACAGAAUUCAGAGAAUUGAGAAAAAUCGCAAUAUUUACCGAAUUCUAUCAUCAAAGAACAUUGAAACAAUUUAAGCAAACCAUAUUGCUGUAGAAUUCUUACUUUCAUUGUCAGUGUUGCUUUCAAGAGCUGUUAAUAUCAUUCAACAGGAAUUGAUUAUAUUCAAUUAUUGUAUUUUUCCAAAUUUUAGAAUGAGUAAAGGUUUUUUGUAUAGAACAGUUCUACAUGUAUUCAGAAUGAUUUAUUUUA